CAAAAAAAGGAUCUAUGAAUUCACAAAGUACACAGACUGAAUUUCAGUAUAUUGACGGCAGAAGAUUUCAUAAUGUAAAAGGUUCCAUGUAUAUUCUAUCAAAUGAUGAAAAUGAACAAGACAGACUACAUCUUCAACAUUUUCUUAUAAGAUAUGUCUGGCAAAGCAAUUUUUCUGCACCCGUCGAACAUAUUUUGGUUAAACCAGGAGUCAAAAUCCUUGAUAUUGGGUAUAUUUAUGAAGCAAAUGUUUUAUUAAAAAUACUUCGUCUAACGUCACAUCCACUUCUUGUUCAAUUUAGAUGUGGUGCAGGGUCGUGGUCAUUUGAUAUGGCAACCACGUAUCCAUUGAUUGACGUUGUUGGAUUAGAUAUAUCUCCACACCAACCAACACAUAUAAAACCUAGCAAUUUCACAUUUAUUAGAGUAAAUGUUUUAGAAAGUAUACCAUUCGAAGAUAACACUUUUGAUUUUGUAUUUCAACGAUUUAUGAGCGGUGCAUUUACCGAAGAAAACUGGUCAUAUGCAAUAAGUGAGAUUUCUAGAGUCUUAAAACCAGGUGGAUUCUUGGAGUUGAUGGAACCUUCACGACUUUAUGAUAUAGGACCGAUUACUCAGCGUUUAUGGGAGGCUCAAAUAACUUUUAGGAAACAACGAGGCUUAGAUACAAAUAUGCCUGAAACGUUAGAGAAAUAUCUACAAAAUCAAGAUCAGUUAGAAAACAUUAAAAAAGAAGUUAAACAAAUUCGUCACGGCGCAAAGUUUAAUGACAUCCAACUUGAUAAAUUGGGUAUUAAUAAUUUGAUUUCCUUGAUGGCUGGUUUGAAAUCCUUUACAACAAAAAUACUGAAAGUUUCUGAUGAUGAAUAUGAUGAGUUGCUUAAGGCAUCAGAAAAAGAAUUAUCAGAGACCGAAUUUUAUUAUUAUAUGGUUCGUGUUUAUGCAAACAAAGCUACUCCUAAUAAUAAUUAA